GUAACAGAGGAGCAGCAAGUUCAUCAUCUGAAACGAUGAAGAUUCCAUCGUUGCGACCUGAGGCUGAGCACUUGGCCGACGGCAAUGUGGUUUUUCGCUCCUCCGAGGCUGCGACGCAGGCACUCGCUGCAAUAUCGAAGAGAGCUGAUGGCACUAGCGUCCCUCCGAAGGUGCAAGGUAAAGGAAAUAAACGCUUUGUGUCCGAAUCUCCCGACCCUUUUAGAAUCGAAAGAGAACGUCGUCUUCAGCGAGCAGUGGCGCCGCCAGCUCCACCUGCCGACAUGGGACAGUGGCAAAAAACCUUUGGUGAAUUCUUACAGGCUGGAUUGCAACAAGGCAGGUUCCCGACAGCACGUCAAACCUCUCAAAAUCACUUGCGAGUCCGUUUCUUAGCACCGGAAAAAGGUCAGCUCUAUGUCGUGCACCCUCCGGCUGGUCACGAGAACGGGUAUUCCUUUUGUUCAAAACUAGCCUAUUGCUAUUUCCCUUUGUCCUGCUGCAUAAAGUGUCGCUCCACUUGGACUCACCAGUCAGAGUAGUUUAGAAUAUUAUUUCCGCUCUUAGACUUCGCUGGAAGUGUUGGAAAACGAUGAAUGUUAUUCUGACUCCACAGCAUCAUCAUGCGUACCGAUGCCGAGUUGGCGAGUCGGCAAGUGUGCAUAUUGCCUGCGCGCUGCCUAAUUCGCAUUUUGGAGGUCCGCGGGAAUCGGGCGAAGGUGCAACGCGUUGAGCCGUAUCAAGAGAGCCACGCGGUGAAUGCUGAAGAACAGAAACCGCAUGACCGGCAGUUCCAUGGAGAAGAAGUGAGAUUAGAAUCCGACGAGUAUUUCCGGGAACAAGAGAAAAAGCGUCAGCAGCACUGGAAACGUGUGAAAGCUAGCGUGCGCCUUGGAAGAAGCGCCGAUGCCAAACGAGAUCCAAGCUCUGAUCGCGGAACCCCGAGAUCUAAUUCCGGUAUAGGGUCGCCUAGUUCAAACGCGGGUCUGAGUGGAGUGAGCAGUGCCGUGUCACGAGGUGGGAAUGCGGCAAUGCAGUUGAGCGGAGGAGCGCGUCUAUCUGUGAUUAAAGAGGAAAGCGAGCGUGGUGGAGGGCCUCAGGCAUCUCCUAUCGCGGCACAAUCCCAAGUGUCUGGCAUUUCCGCAGUUUGUGUUUCUAGCCACAAGAACCUGAAGCGGAAUGCACCUUCAGAUGAUGACACUAAAAAACAAGCAAGAGCUAUAGCAGAUGAGCAGCGGGUAGAACAUGCAGAUGAUGGGGCGGAAGAAAAAGAAGCUGCGCCAGUCGAUAGUGACGACGAUGCUGGGGUCAACAAAUCUACGAAGGUGAAAAGGGCGCGGGCAGCGUCAUCAGGUUCGUCUUCCUCGGACUCCGACAGCCUAAUGAGAGAGUUUGCACAAGAUAUUGCCGAUGAAUUUUCGGACUUAGAGGAGGUCGCUGCAGACGCUGACGACGACAAAGCAGGCGCAGAUGAAGCCGCGGCAGAUGAUAGCGAUGAGAGGAAUAAAGAAAGUGACACGAGGAAAAAGCCAGAAGAUAAGAAGGCGAAUCAAGAUGAGACAGCAGGGCAUGUAGAGGAAACACGGCUUGGAGAGAAAAGAAUAUCGGAGGAGCGCAAAAUCGCAGGAUAUGGAAAGGUCCACCAGGAAGAUAAGCUUGACAACCUGGACGAGGCGGAAGAUCCGCGCACCAAGGCUAGAGCGAAAGAAGUCGCUGAGUCGUCAAGGAAGGCGAAAUAUCGUGGUUUCCAUGCCGAUCAGAUUGAGGAUGAUGCAAAAGCUCUUGAUGGCUCGGAGCGAAAAAAGCGGCGUACUACAGAAGAGCCCAUCAGCCUACAAAAGGACACAUCAAUAUCACUUACCACCAGUGUGACAGCCCGCCGCGAAGCGCACAUUCAAGACUGCCGUAGCCUGUGGACAGUCUCUUCCGCUGUGUUUCGACACCGUCACUUUGAUCCCGAAACCAAGCCUUUCUUUCGCAUUCACACGAACCUGUGCAGUUCUUUGCAAAGCGCCGCAAUCCAGGACUCAACUGGAUGGGUGUCCUGGAAAGCAAUUAAGGACGGUACUGUCAUGGUACAACGCAAAACGCUACCUGAGUGGCUUACGAACAGUGAGUGGAUGAUCAGCCCGGUCGAUAUCAAGGUUGCGAUCGAUGCAAGAGGUCGGGUCAUUCUAAAUGGCCUACCACUCAAGAACACCGGAUGCAUUUCCGCUGUUGGUAUCCUAUGUAAGUAAUAAUGAUCCUUAUUGCAUCUUGAAGGGCCUAGUUUAUUUGUAUGCCCAGGGAGUUUGUCUACGUGAUACAAAACUGCCCACAACAGCAUAUUCAGCAUAGUUGUUCGAAACGUAUUUUUAUCUGAUUAAUCCGUUGAUUGUUGAAGAAGUGGAAAUGAAUUCCUUACCAGGUUCGCGAACGUUUCAUAGUGACUUUCAUGGUGAGUACAAUGCUGAGCGGGACCAAAUCGUAUGGCUGAAGACUGCCGCCGCGCCCGUCAUGCAGUGGGUGCGGAAGUCUGAGGCCUUUCAAGCCGAGGCGAGCUUGCCACUGGCACACGCUGCCGCAGAUCAUGAGAAACGGUGUCUCGCUGCCGUGGCGGAAUUACCCGAAGAAGAACUCUUUGGGAGAAGUACUGCUCCUCCUGUCGUGACUGCAAAUCAUACAACUAGGACUUUUAACAAACUGACUGUACCUGGAAAUCCAAGUGGAGCAGGUGGUGCUGCUGCGGGGGGAACGAUUGGCGGCUUAACUAAUACUUCUGUUCAAAUGUCGACAGCGACGCGGAGUAGCUCAGCAACGCCCGAGGAAAUAGAAAGGUGGAAUCGGAAGCUGGUAGAAGGUCUAUGGGAACGGGAGACCGUUCUGAAGGGAGGCGUACGCCACACUGAGAGGAUUGCGGUUCAUGACGACGGCAGUUUUACAUGUAGGGCGAUGUCUGGAAAGUUCUCGGUAUCCAGUGACUAUGGGAUUUCGAGUUCCGGCCAAGGGCGCGGAGGGGCACUUUUUCGCUGCAUUGCAUUGCUAUCUUCAGAUAAAAUGACACUAUCAUUCUGGAAUAGCUCAGUGUGGUCGCGAUUACGCAAACCGCCGACUGCUCCCUCUGUCAAUUGAUUAUCAUCGCAGGUGGGACGCCCAUGUCGUCGUGUAUUAUGAAACGAUGGAAACCCUCUGUUGACCUUUGCGAAGCCAUAGACCCUUAAGAUGAUGAUUGGUGAUUCUGCGCGUUGAGGUGCUAAACGUCUUCGCUCCUGGAGUAGAAGACGGAUCUUUAACUAAGACAAAGCCACAAGCUGGUGACGAAGAUGAAGAUGACGACGGCGGUUGAUUUUCUAGCUGCAUUUGGCCUCACUCUUAAACUUGAAGUCUGUUUAUGUGGGUUCUAUCGAUGCUUGUGAUUUCUGUCUAUUGAGUCUGAGUGUGAAUCAGAGGUUAGAGUGUAGUUUCCAUAUGAG